AUGGACUCACAACUCCAUGGGGUUCAUUCCUUCACUACACUGUUACAAGAGGGGGAAGAAAGCUACAAUGACUAUCUCCCAUCUUUGAAUGACUUAGAGUCGCAAUAUACUCCAUCCAAUCCAGAAGAUGGGAAUAGUAGAAAAACUAAAUCUAGAAAAGGAAAUUUUAGCACUGAAGAGGACAACGUGCUAGUUUUAGCUUGGCUAAAUACUAGUAUGGACCCAAUCAAUGAGAUUGAGAAAGCCAAAGAGUUCUAUCGAAGUAUCCACCCCACUUCAUUCAACUUUCUUCAUUGUUGGACUAUUCUACGACACCAUCCAAAAUGGAAAGAAUCUGUGGCUGAGGGUAGCAGUAUGAAAGCUAAAAGAAGAUCAAUAAUUCGAGAUGGUCAUGCACCAGAGUUCAUAGAUGAAGAUACUGCAGCACCAUCUUUAGAUGUGAAUUUAGAGAGACCAAUUGGAAAGAAGGCUGCAAAGAAGCGAAAGAGGCAAGAGGAUAACUCUUCCAAUCUUACUGAUUUGGUGAUUGAAAUAAAAGGGGAGAGAAUCAAAUCUAAUGCUAAGAAGGGAGAAAUUAGGAAAGAGUAUGCCCGCAUUGCAAAAGAAAGGUUUGAAUUGGAUAAACAGAAAGAAGAGAAUGAAAUCAUGAGGAGGGAGUUAGAAAUUAUGAGAGUAGAUGUAUCAACUUUAUCUCCAACGCAACAAGAGUAUUUCCGUAGCCUCCAAUUAGAAAUACUUGAGAAGCAAAAGUCUAGAAAGCCAUGA